AUGGUGCAAAAGGGACCUCGUCCUUUAGUUCUUUGUGGCCCGUCAGGUUCGGGGAAGAGUACAUUAUUAAAACGGUUGUUGAAAGAAUUCCCUGACAAGUUUGGUUUUAGCGUGUCUCACACAACGAGAGGACCACGACCCGGUGAGAAAGAUGGAGUUCAUUAUCACUUUAUCUCAAAGGAACAAAUGUUGUCGGCUGUUGGUAAAGGAGAGUUUAUUGAAACAGCUGUUUUUAGUGGGAAUAUGUAUGGAACAAGCAAGAAAGCUGUUGAAGAUGUAAGGCGUACAGGCAGAAUUUGUGUCCUUGAUAUAGAAAUUGAAGGAGUGAAGCAAAUAAAAAGAACUGACUUAGAUCCUUUGCUUGUUUUCGUUAUGCCACCAUCUAUUGAUGAGCUUGAGAGACGUCUUCGUAAUCGCAAUACUGAACAAGAAGAUGCACUCCAAAAGAGAUUGGAACAAGCUCGACAUGAGAUUGAAUAUGGUAAGGAGCCAGGAAACUUCCAUAUUCUUAUUCUCAAUGACAGUAUAGAGAAGGCAUACAUAGAGUUGCGUGAUUUUAUUGGAAAAAACAUGAAUAAUGCAGUUGAAGAGAGAGAUGCUUCAUUGGACAAGUAA